AAAUAAUCGUGUGUGUGACUCGCCGAGUGAACCAGAAAUAGGCAGGAACCGUUUUUCGUAUUUGCAUUUGCGUUAAACAUCGAGACACUAUGUCCACGGUAGCAAGCGCUCUGGCUCUGGCCGGCAACCGGUCGUCGGGGGCUCCGGUUCGCACACAGAACGUGAUGGCGGCCUCUUCCAUCGCGAAUAUAGUAAAAUCGUCACUCGGUCCCGUCGGUCUUGAUAAGAUGCUUGUCGACGAUAUUGGGGACGUGACGGUGACGAAUGAUGGUGCUACGAUUCUCAAGCUACUGGAGGUGGAGCAUCCGGCCGCUAAGGUCCUGUGCGAACUGGCUCAGUUGCAGGAUGAAGAGGUUGGCGAUGGAACCACAUCGGUUGUGAUUAUCGCAGCCGAAUUACUGAAAAAUGCCGACGAGCUGGUAAAACAAAAGAUUCACCCGACGUCCAUCAUCGCUGGCUACCGGCUGGCGUGCAAGGAAGCUUGCAAGUACAUCUCAGAGCAUCUGACCGCACCGGUCGAUGAUCUCGGCCGCGAAACGCUGGUGAAUGUUGCAAAAACGUCUAUGAGCUCGAAGAUCAUCGGGGCGGAUGCUGACUUUUUCUCCGCCAUGGUGGUCGACGCGGCGCAGGCCGUGAAAAUACUGGAUCCCAAAGGCAACCCGGCCUAUCCGAUCAAAGCCGUCAACGUGCUGAAGGCCCACGGCAAAUCGGCUCGCGAGAGCGUGCUGAUCCAGGGUUAUGCUCUGAAUUGUACGAUUGCUUCACAACAGAUGCCGAAAAAGGUGACGAACGCAAAGAUUGCCUGUCUGGACUUUUCGCUGCAAAAAACCAAGAUGAAAAUGGGAGUACAGGUGCUUAUUACGGAUCCGGAGAAGCUCGAAAGUAUCCGUGCCCGUGAGCUGGACAUCACGAAGGAGAAAAUCGAGAAGAUCCUGGCGACGGGCGUCAAUGUGGUGCUAUGUAGCGGUGGCAUCGAUGAUCUCUGUUUGAAGUACUUUGUCGAAGCGGGCGCGAUGGCAGUGCGACGAGUUAAGAAAGCCGAUUUGAAGCGCAUCUCCAAGGCAACCGGUGCCGCCUACUUGACGUCGCUCACGAACAUGGACGGAGAAGAAAGUUUCGAGGCUUCCUACGUCGGAGAGGCGGCCGAGGUGGUCCAGGAGUUCGUUUGCGAUGACGAACUGAUUUUGAUCCGCGGCCCGAAGGCACGGACGGCCGCGUCGAUCAUUCUGCGCGGUCCGAACGAUUUCUACUGUGACGAAAUGGAGCGCUCCGUGCACGACGCACUGUGCGUGACAAAGCGUGUGCUCGAGGGAAAGAAGGUUGUGGCCGGCGGGGGAUGCGUCGAGGCGGCUCUCUCAAUCUACCUGGAAAACUUUGCCACAUCGCUGAGUUCGCGCGAGCAACUUGCUAUUGCAGAGUUCGCCAAAUCGCUGCUGGUCAUUCCGAAAACCCUCGCCGUCAAUGCGGCAAAGGAUGCGACCGACUUGGUGGCGAAGCUGCGUGCCUAUCACAACUCUAGCCAGACCGUUGUAGAUCACGCGCAACUCAAAUGGUACGGACUGGAUCUGAUCGAGGGCGUCGUGAAGGACAACAAGAAGGCCGGCGUGCUCGAACCGGCAAUGUCGAAGAUUAAAUCGCUCAAGUUCGCCACCGAGGCGGCGAUCACCAUUCUGCGGAUCGACGACAUGAUCGUAUUGAAUCCGGAGGAGAAGGGAGGCAAAAACUACGGCGAUGCUUGUGCGGCUGGUGAAUUGGAUGGUUAAGGCGAAAUUAUGGACAGCAGUCGUUCGAUAUCCUUUUCACUUUUUGGCGUAACAAAUGCUAAGUACUAUAAGCUCACUAACACACCAGCAUCAUCUUUCGUUUAUACGCAGCGUAACUUAACGGCGGCGUGCUGAAGCAUUUCGAAAUGCACCCUUCCUUUAAUAUUAAUAUUUGAAGAUCGUGACACUAGCCUUUAGUCACAGUUGCACACAUACACGAGAGCAUUAUUACCAAACUCAUGUUAUUCUUCUAAUAAGUUUCACAUGUACGCAUUUUUUUCUUUGUGGAACAUUUCAUGCCGA